GUCUGUGGGCUGCUUCAAAGACACUUCAAAAAGAGCGAUUGAUUCCGUUGAGAAACGUUAUGUUGAUCUUCAUGAUAUUUAUCUACUUCGAUUAGACGCAAUAGGAAAGUGUGCGAGAAUCGCAGCUUCUCUUGGAAACAAUGUUUUUGCGCUUCAAAUCGGGGGAUGGUGUGCUACCUCGUCUUCUGCGUCUUCAACAUACAAUAAAUACGGUUACUCGCAAGAUUGCCAGGAUCACGGCAAAGGAGGUCCUUGGGCAAAUGCCGUUUGAGAUUACUUCUGUUGAAAAAAUCGCACUUCAACGCCUUGGCUGUUUCGCCGACAAAGCAAGUCAAGCGCUAUCUUCCUUGGAAAGGCCAGAAGUAUUGGGCGGUGAAUACCAGAAGAGACCUCAAGCCAUUGAACAAUGCGUUAGAUACGCUUCGGGUUUGGGACAUCUCAUCGUUGGAAUACAAAAUGGCGGUUCAUGCAUGGCAGGAAUUGAUUAUGCAAAAUAUGGAACAUCCACGAAUUGCAAAUCAAACUCGAAAGGCGGAACAUUGGCAAAUGAAGUUUUCAGAAUAGAUGUUAAAAAGCUUGAAACCGGACUUCCAAGACUUCCUAAACAUGAAGAAUAUCAUUUGAACAACCUGGGUUGUUGGUAUGACAAAGAAGAUCGCGCCAUUCCCGUUGGUUUAGAAGAAACCAAUUCUAUUUUGAUUGGUGAAUACCAGAUAAGAAAAGAUGCUAUCCGAAGAUGUGCUCAAGCAGCUAUGGCUCGCGGAUAUAACAUUAUAGGAAUACAAAAUGGAGGACAAUGCUGGACUGGAGUAAACGCUCGAAACACUUAUAGAAAAUACGGGCUUUCGAAUAAAUGCUCAAAUGGCAAAGGUGGGAACUGGGCAAAUGAAGUCUAUGAAAUUAACACAAUAUGGGAUCCAAACAUCACCGGACUCGGAUGUUUCAAAAGUAUGUUAUCGAAAGCUAUUCCCGCCAUUGAAAAGCUGAACCCAUUACUGAAUGGAGUAUUCAAAAAAAGAUCCGAUCCUGUACGAAAAUGCGCCAGAGUUUCGGCUAGUUUUGGUCACACUGUAUUUGCCGUCCAACUUGGAGGAUAUUGUCAGAGUUCAGCAAACGCUGGUUCCACGUACAUGAAGUUUGGCCGAGCGGAUAACUGCGCGAGAGGAAAGGGCGGUUUAUGGGCAAUGUCAGUCUACAAGAUAUCUGAUGCGAUGGACUUUUAUAUCGAAAGUCGAGGAUGUUGGGCAGAUGAUGCUUUCCGUACUAUUCCAACAGUCGAAAGCGAUGGACCGGAAUUUAUGAGCGAACCUAUUAUGGGCAAUGAGAAGGCAUAUAAGAAAAGAGAAGAUGCUUUAGGCAAAUGCGCUCGUUAUGCUCGUUCCAGGGGAUUUAGAUUUUUUGCCCUCCAAGAUGGUGGAUAUUGUUCAGCCUCAAUCGACGCGGAAAAUACAUACAGGCGAAUUGGACCUUCUCAAAAAUGCAGAAAUGACGGUAAAGGUGGCCCUUGGUCUAAUCAAGUCUACGAAAUUAUGCCACAGAAGUUAGCAUGAACGGAUUUAUGAAAUCCGAACGAAGACAUAUGAAGAAUUCCGUUGUCGGCAACUAUUCACUUUUUGCUAUGUCAGUUUAAAGCAUGAUUUCUAAUUUUCUAAGCUCUUUAAAACCUAAAUUAUUGUUUACGUUGAAGUGUGUAAAAUGUAUGUGCAUUAAAAUAAAAAAUUCAUGUAUAUUUUAA